ACGAGAGUAGCGGCGAGCGACUGUGCAGAAAAAGAGAAAAGCAGCACCUCGCGACCGCGACCGCGACCUCCCCGACGAAAAAGAGAAGGGAAAUAUCUCUCGCCGCACCCCGCGACCGCGACCUCCCUGACGAGCGCUCUCCCCUCUCCGUCCGAUGGCGUCUCAGAGCUCCACGCCCGCAGACGCCGCCGCGCCGUCGCCGGCGGCCGCAGCCACCGGGGAGGUGCCUCCGAGCGCCGCUUCCUCCACGCCCGCGCAAAACCCUGCAGCUGCCGCGACCGCGACGGCAGGGGCCACGGAUCUAGAGAAGAAGAUGCGCCGCGCGGAGCGGUUUGGGACGCAGGUGGUGAUGUCCGAGGAGGAGAAGCGCAGCAGCCGUGCCGAGAGGUUUGGGACUCGAUCUUCAAAUGUAAAGGAGGAAGAGAAGAAGAAGUCCAGGGCUGAGAGGUUUGGCCUUGCCUCAUCCUCUCCUUCUUUUGAAGAGGCUAAGAAAAAAGCUCGUUUAGAACGAUUUGGUCAGGGUACAAAUGUUGACAAGGCAGAAGAAGAAAAACGAAAGGCACGGGCCCUCAGGUUUGCAGAAACAUCUAGUGGAUCACCUCGGGGAAACAGCAAGGAUGACUCCAAGCCGGACGCAGCCACUGUGACAGGCACAGCGUGAUUGAAGCACUCUGCCUUGGGUGAGGUUAGAUGUCUCAGAUAUUAUCCCUGGAGAUUUUGGAUGAAGCAAUAGUUUGUACUCUAACUACGUGAACGGCGUCAUGUGUUUCCUAGUCAUCUUGAGGGCUGUUUUUGUGGACUUGCUGGGCAGCGUAGCUAGGUUUGUGGAUGGUUAUGUACCUCUUGUUUCUCCCCGUUUGGCGACGAUGAUUACUUAUCUAUGUACUCCCAGUUGGACUAGUUAACUGUUAGAAGACAACGCAGCACUCGUUAUUUUUGUA